AUGGAACAAGGUGAAGCCCAGAGCCCUCAGGCGGUGCCUGUGGACCACGUCUUUGAGGAUGAAGAUGGCAAUGUGUGUAUUGUAACUUAUGCUGACUCCUCGGAUGUAACGUACAUGCCGAUGGUACCUGUGGAGGCAACUGAAGAGGUGGUGUUAUGUGAUGCCUCACAAGAGGAAGUGAAGAUUGAAUUGGACGAAGGUUAUACGAUCAUUUAUCCAGAAGGAUACACUGAGGAAGAUAUAACUACAGUUGUUGAAACCAAGCCGAAGAAAUCUACAAGAAGAGGCCAACAUCAGUGUAAAAUUUGCAACAAGACGUUUUCUCAGACUGUAAACCUGAUCACUCAUGAGCGUAUACACACGGGGGAGAAACCAUAUGUCUGCAAUGUGUGCAGAAAGCCGUUCUCCCAACAGCCAAACCUGUGGAAACACAUGCGCACCCACACUGGGGAACGGCCUUACCAGUGUAUCACAUGCAAGAAGCGCUUCACUCAGCAAGCCAACCUCGCCAAGCACAUACGCAUACACACUGGUGAGAGGCCAUUCUCAUGCGAGUACUGUGGCAGAAGCUUCACACAGCAGGCGAACCUCACAAAACAUGUGCGUCUGCAUACGGGCGAGCGUCCGUUCCAGUGCCGCUUCUGUUCCAAAACAUUUGUCCAGCAGUCCAAUGUGGAGCGACACGAGAGAAUACACACUGGCGUAAAACCUUUCAAGUGCCAUAUAUGCUGUGACACCUUCGCUCAGAACGCCCACCUCUCCAAGCAUCUUCGGUCUAUACACAAGGUCUCACCAGCCAGCAGUUACAACGGGCCUACUUAUUACUUGAAAGUACAAGAGGACGACAAAGUGGAUGUGGCGGAGGAUGGCGACGAUUCAGAAGAAACUAUACACAUGGUCUCAACAGGCAGCAAUCACAAUAGGCCUACUUAUUACUUGAAAGUACGGCAGGAUGACAAAGUGAAUGUGAUGGGGGAUGGGGAUGCGUCGGGAGAAAUUGUGAUCAUUGAACAGUGUGCACUGGACUCUACAAAAAAAAUUGGUAUUCCAGUGAUAUACUGUACAAAAACUCAUAGAAUUAUCAAAAGAGUGGAUUAAAUUUGUGUGUGACGGUAAACAAUUAUCUUUAGUCUCAUUUUGAAAUUACUAGUUUGCAUGUAUCCUUGGAAUUUGUAAAGUUAAUGUGUAAAUAUUAGAAUAUAUUUUCUGGUAUUAUUAUUUUUGGUUUUUAUCUACGUCAAUGAUUUUCUGUUAGCUGAGUAGUUGUAGUUCUCACCUUUCAAAAUAUUAAAUAAUUCCAGUGGCGUAGAUAGACAAAAAUAGCCAGUUGCUCUUAUUGAGGUUUUUUGUACACAUUGAAUUAUUUCACAAUUCUUUUUUUUUUUUGUAAAUUUCACAAUAAUGCCAUUCCGUUGUAGCACUUUAACUUUUUUAAUUUAUGAUUAGGCCUAUAAGGUAUUUUAAAACUGUACAUUUACUGAACUUAUGUCAAACAUGUAGGGUAAACUGUUGCAGUUUUUCUAUGCCCCUCUUACAUUAUAAAACUGCAUUAUUGGUGAA